UGGGCACCGGCACCGGCACCGGCACCGGGGGGGCAGCGGCCAUGGGCCUUCCACCCGCCCGCCGGGCCGCGCAGCCGCUGCUCCCGCUGCUGCUGCUGCUGCUGCUACUGCCGCCGCCUGCACCGGGACCCGCCACCGGCAUCGCCAUCGCCACCGGCAUCGGCUCUGCCGCCAGCAUCGCCACCGACACCGGCAUCGCCACCGGGACCGAGACCGGCAUCAGCUCCGCCACUGGGACCGGCAUCGGCUUCGCCACCGGCACCGGCAGCCGGAGCGGCACCGGGAUCCGCCCCCGCCUUCCCGACGCGCUGCCGGCGCCGCUCCAGGCUCGCCGCGGCGGCACCGGGGACAGCGGCGGCUCCGGCGGCACCGGGGACAGCGGCGGCACCGGGGACAGCGGCGGCUCCACACGGCCCCCGCCGAGCGAUGGGACCGCACCGGGCUCCGGGAGGGACGGCGGCGGCGUUUGGGGGUCCCGAGGCACCGGCGGCACCGGCGGUACCGCGGGCGUCAGAGGCACCGCGAGCACCGGCGUCACUGGAGCCACGAGGAAUGCUGGAGACACCAGGAACCCUGGAGGCGCUGGGGAUGCUGGAGGCGCUGGGGACGCUGGAAGCGUCAGGGACGCUCCUGGAGGCACCGGGGAUACCGGAGGCGCAGGGGAUACUGGAGGAACUGGAGACACCAGGAGCACCCAUGUCCUCAGGGACAGCGGGAGCGCCGCGGAUACCGGACACACCAGGAACACUGGCGUCCUCUCAGACAGCAAGAGCGCCGGGGCCAUGCUGAGCGCUGGGGGGGCUGGGGGCACUGGGGGCACCCCAGUCCUCAGGGACAUCAGGGAUACUGGAUGCACUGGGGAGACUGGGAGAGACACUGGAAGCACCGGGAAAGUCCCCAGGAGCAGCAGAGACACUGGACAUAAUGAGGAGACUGGGAAAGUCCCCAGGGACACUGAGAGCACCAGAGAAGUCCCCAGGGACACCAGGAACUCUGGGAAUACUGGGCAUGCUGGGGGCACCAACAUCCCCGGGGACACUGAGAGCACCAGGGAAGUCCCCAGGGACACCCGGAACACUGGGAAUACUGGACACACUGGGUGCACCAACAUCCCCAGGGACACCGAGAGCACCAGCAAAGUCCCCAGGGACACUGGGAAUACUGGACAUGCUGGGGGCAACAACAUCCCCAGGAACACCAGGAACACUGGGAAUACCAGACACACUGGGGACACCAGUGGCACAGGGGACACGAUGGGCUCCAGGGCUGUUGAGGACCCCCAGAUCAGGGCAGCCCCCGGACCCCCCAUGCUCCGCCCCCGCCGGAGCCCCAAUACAGCACCGCAGUUCCAGCCUUCCAGCUAUCAGGCCACGGUGGAGGAGAACCGGCCCGCGGGGACACCGGUGACACAGGUGACGGCGCAGGACCCUGACGAGGGCGAGGCAGGGCGGCUGCUCUAUGCCAUGGCCGCACUCUUUGACAGUCGCUCUGACGCCCUGUUCGCCGUGGACCCCGUGACAGGUGCCAUCACCACGGCGGCGCCGCUGGACCGCGAGAGCAAGAGCACCCACGUGUUCCGCGUGACAGCGGCCGACCACGGCGCACCCCGGCGCAGCGCCAUGGCCACGCUCACCAUCACCGUGGGCGACGCCAACGACCACGACCCGUCCUUUGAGCAGCCUGAGUACCGUGAGAGCGUGCGGGAGAACCUGGAGGUGGGCUAUGAGGUGCUGACCGUGCGGGCCACUGAUGGCGAUGCCGGACCCAACGCCAACGUGCUCUACCGGCUCCUCAAUGCCGGCGGCGCCAACGAGGUCUUCGAGAUCGACCCCCGCUCCGGCGUCAUCCGCACACGCGGCCCUGUGGACCGGGAAGCGGUGGAUGCCUUCGAGCUGCUGGUGGAGGCGGCGGACCAGGGCCAGGAACCCCGCAGUGCCACAGCCACCGUGCGCAUCGCGGUGGAGGAUGACAACGACAAUGCGCCGCAGUUCAGCGAACGGCGCUACGUGGCACAGGUGCCCGAGGAUGUGGUGCCCAAUGCAGCUGUGCUGCGGGUGACGGCCACUGACCGCGACAAGGGCAGCAACGCCCUGGUGCACUACAGCAUCGUCAGCGGCAACACUCGUGGCCACUUCUACAUCGAUGCCCAGACAGGCGCCCUGGACGUCAUCACUCCCCUGGACUUCGAGGUCACCAAGGAGUUCACGCUGCGCAUCCGGGCACAGGAUGGCGGCCGCCCGCCCCUCUCCAACAUCAGCGGAUUGGUUACCGUGCAGGUGCUGGACGUCAACGACAAUGCCCCCAUCUUCGUCAGCACGCCCUUCCAGGCCACCGUGCUGGAGAACGUCCCUGUGGGCUACUCCGUCAUCCACGUGCAGGCCAUCGAUGCCGACUCAGGGGACAAUGGCCGGUUGGUUUACACCCUGCUGGAGACCGGCGCUGGCUUCCCCUUCACCAUCAACAAUGGCACCGGCUGGAUCGUGGUGGCCUCCGAGCUGGACCGGGAGGCCAUGGACUUCUACAGCUUCGGUGUGGAGGCGCAGGACCAGGGGACACCCCCCAUGGCCUCCACGGCCAGCGUCAGUGUCACCAUCCUGGAUGUCAAUGACAACAGCCCCGAGUUCACCCAGAGGGAAUACGGUGCCCGCCUCAACGAGGAUGCGGCAGUGGGGACAAGUGUCCUCACCGUGUCUGCCGUCGACCGCGACGCCAACAGCGUCAUCACUUAUCAGAUCUCCAGCGGCAACACCCGCAACCGCUUCUCCAUCACCAGCCAGAGCGGUGGGGGGCUCAUCUCGCUUGCCCUGCCCCUGGACUACAAGCUGGAGCGACAGUACCUGCUCACUGUCGCAGCGUCCGACGGCACCCGCCAGGACACCGCCCUGGUGGUCGUCAACGUCACCGAUGCCAACACCCACCGUCCUGUCUUCCAGAGCUCUCACUACACUGUCAACAUCAACGAGGACCGGCCGGUGGGCACCACGGUGGUGGUGAUCAGCGCCACGGAUGAGGACACCGGGGAGAACGCCCGCAUCACCUACCUGAUGGAGGACAGCAUCCCCCAGUUCCGCAUCGCCACCAACACUGGCGCCGUCACCACCCAGAUGGAGCUGGACUACGAGGACCAGGUGUCCUACACCUUGGCCAUCACAGCGCGGGACAAUGGCAUCCCCCAGAAAUCCGACACCACCUACCUGGAGAUCCUGGUGAGCGAUGUCAACGACAACGCGCCGCAGUUCCUCCGCCACUCCUACCAGGGCUCCGUCUACGAGGAUGUCCCCGCCUUCACCAGUGUUCUGCAGGUCUCCGCCACUGACCGCGACUCUGGGCUCAACGGCAGGGUCUUCUACACCUUCCAGGGGGGCGACGACGGCGAUGGUGACUUCAUCAUUGAGUCCACCUCAGGCAUCGUCCGCACUCUGCGCCGCCUGGACCGGGAGAACGUGCCGCUCUACUCCCUGCGGGCCUUCGCCGUUGACAAGGGGGUGCCAGCGCGACGGACGCCGGUGGAGAUCCAGGUGACGGUGCUGGACGUCAAUGACAACCCACCUGUCUUUGAGCGCGACGAGUUCGACAUCUUCGUGGAGGAGAACAGCCCCAUCGGGCUGGUGGUGGCCCGGAUCACGGCCACCGACCCCGACGAGGGCACCAACGCCCAGAUCAUGUACCAGAUCGUGGAGGGCAACAUCCCGGAGGUCUUCCAGCUGGACAUCUUCUCCGGGGAGCUCACGGCACUGGCCGACUUGGACUACGAGGCCAAGGCCGAGUACGUCAUGGUGGUCCAGGCCACGUCGGCGCCGCUGGUCAGCCGGGCCACCGUGCACGUGCGGCUGCGCGACGCGAACGACAACAGCCCCCAGCUGAAGAACUUUGAGAUCCUCUUCAACAACUACAUCACCAACCGCUCUGGGAGCUUCCCUGGUGGUGUCAUCGGCCGCAUCCCAGCCCACGACCCUGACGUGUCCGACCGCCUCACCUACGCCUUCGAGCAGGGCAACGAGCUCAACCUGGUGCUGCUGGACCCCCAGAGCGGGGAGCUGCGGCUCAGCCCUGCCUUGGACAACAACCGCCCGCUGGAGGCCGUCAUGAGGGUCUCUGUGUCCGACGGCGUGCACAGUGCCAGCGCGCAGUGCGUGCUGCGGGUGACGGUGAUCACGGAUGAGAUGCUCAGCAACAGCAUCACCCUGCGCUUGGCCGACAUGUCGCAGGAGCUCUUCCUGUCGCCGCUGCUCGGCCGCUUCCUCGAGGGGGUGGCGACCGUGCUGGGCACCCCCCGGCACCGCGUCGUGCUCUUCAACAUCCAGGCAGAUACGGACGUGGGGCCGGCGCGGAUCCUCAACGUGAGCUUGUCGGCGCUGCUGCCGCCACCCGCGGCCUCGCGCUUCUUCUCCUCCGAGGAGCUGCAGGAGCGGCUCUACCUCAACCGCUCACUGCUGGCGGCCAUCACGGCACAGCGGGUGCUGCCCUUCGAUGACAACGUGUGCCUGCGCGAGCCCUGCGAAAACUACAUGCGCUGCGUGGCCGUGCUGCGCUUCGACAGCUCCGCGCCCUUCCUGGCCUCCGACACCAUCUUGUUCCGGCCCAUCCGACCUGUGCCGGGGCUGCGCUGCCGCUGCCCGCCUGGCUUCACCGGCGACUACUGCGAGACCGAGAUCAACCUGUGCUACUCCAGCCCCUGCGGUGCCCACGGGCGCUGCCGCAGCCACGAGGGCGGCUACGCCUGCGAGUGCCACGAGGACUUCACCGGGGAGCACUGCGAGCUGAGUGCCCGGGGGGGCCGCUGCACGCCGGGGGUCUGCCGGAAUGGGGGCACGUGCCUGAACCUGCUGGUGGGGGGGUUCCGGUGCCAGUGCCCCCCCGGGCACUACGAGAAGCCCUUCUGUGCCAUGAGCACCCGCAGUUUCCCCCCCAAAUCCUUCCUCACCUUCCGUGGGCUCCGCCAGCGCUUCCACUUCACCCUCGGCCUCACGUUUGCCACGCGGGAGCGGGAUGGGCUCCUGUUGUACAAUGGACGUUUCAACGAGCGCCACGACUUCGUGGCCCUGGAGAUCGUGGGGGAGCAGCUCCAGCUCACCUUCUCCGCAGGUGAGACCACCACCACCGUGUCCCCGUUCGUGCCUGGGGGUGUCAGUGACGGGCAGUGGCACCGGGUGCAGCUGCACUACUACAACAAGGCCGUUAUGGGGCGCUCGGGGGUCCCACAGGGCCCCUCGGAGCAGAAGGUGGCCGUGGUGGCAGUGGACGACUGUGACACGGCCAUGGCACUGCGCUUUGGGCACCGCCUCGCCAACUACUCCUGCGCGGCCCAGGGCACCCAGGGGGGCACCAAGAAGUCACUGGACCUGACGGGACCGCUGUUGCUCGGGGGGGUCCCGACGCUGCCCGAGAGUUUCCCGAUCCGGAGCCGCCACUUUGUGGGGUGUAUGAGGCACCUGCACAUCGACCAGCGCCCCGUGGACAUGGGCACCUUCAUCGCCAACAACGGCACCCUGCCCGGCUGCCCGCACAAGAAGACCCUCUGCGACCCCACCACGUGCCACAACGGGGGCACCUGCGUGCACGAGUGGGGGGGCUUCAGCUGCCGCUGCCCCCUCGGCUUCGGGGGCAAAACCUGCCAGGAAGAGAUGGCCGCUCCGCAGCGGUUCGUGGGCAGCAGCCGCGUGGCGUGGGCGGGGCUGGCGCUGCCCCUCGCCCUGCCCUGGCACCUCCGGCUCAUGUUCCGCACCCGCCACCCACGGGGGGUCCUGCUGAGGGCGGGGGCGGGGGGGCGCCUCAGCCUCACCCUGCAGCUGAGCGAGGGGCAGCUGGAGGUGGGGGCCUGGCAGGGGGGUGCCCGCCUGGCCGUCCUGCGCCUGCCCCAGGCCAAGGUAGACGACGGCGCCUGGCACCAUGUGGAGCUGGAGCUGCGGGGGGGCGGGCCCGGCCGCGACCCCCCUGCCACCCUCCUCCUCCUCACCCUCGACUACGGCCGCCACCAGGUGGUGGGCGAUGUGCCCGGGGAGCUGCAGGGGCUGCGGCUGCGGACCCUCAGCCUGGGGGGGCUGCCCGGGGAAGGGGGAACCGUGGAGGAGGGGUUCCGGGGGUGCCUGCAGGGGCUGCGCGUGGGGGACGCGGCAGUGACGGCAGGUGCCCUGAGCCUGGCACAGGCUGCCCAGAUGAACGUGGAGGGGGGCUGUGCCCUGCCCGACCCCUGCGACUCGGGGCCCUGCCCCCCCCACAGCUACUGCAGCAACGACUGGGACAGCUUCUCAUGCCGCUGCCACCCUGGGUACUUUGGGGACAGCUGUGUCAGCGCCUGUGCCCUGGACCCCUGCGAGCCCCCGGGCACAUGUGCCCGCCGGCCGGGCACGGCCCCCGGCUACGCCUGCCACUGCCCCGCGGGCACCUUCGGCACCCUGUGCCAGCACCGGGAGGCCCAGCCGUGCCCACGGGGGUGGUGGGGACACCCCACAUGUGGCCCCUGCAGCUGUGACGCCUCGAGGGGCUUCGACCCCGACUGCAACAAGACCACGGGCGAGUGUCGCUGCAAGGACAACCACUACCGGCCCGCGGGCAGUGACACGUGCCAGCCGUGCGAGUGCUACCCCACGGGAUCGCUGUCGCGGCGCUGCGAUGCCACCAGCGGGCAGUGCCCCUGCAAGGCAGGGGUCAUCGGCCGCCACUGCGACCGCUGCGACAACCCCUUCGCCGAGGUGACAGCGGGCGGCUGCGAAGUGAACUAUGACAGCUGUCCCCGGGCCAUCGAGGCCAACAUCUGGUGGCCCCGCACCCGGUUUGGGCUCCCGGCAGCCGCACCCUGUCCCAAGGGCUCCGUGGGCACGGCCCUGCGCCACUGCGACGAGCACAAGGGGUGGCUGCCCCCCAACCUCUUCAACUGCAGUGCCCUGGCCUUCGCUGCCCUGCGCCCCUGGGCGGAGCAGCUGGUGGGCAACGAGUCGCGCUGGGACGCGGGGCAGUCGCGCCGGGUGGCACUGGCGCUGCGCGAGGCCACGCGUGGAGCCCGCGGGUACUUCGGCAGCGACGUGCGCCUGGCAUACCGCCUGGCAGGGGCUCUGCUGCGCCACGAGAGCCGCCAGCGUGGCUUCCGCCUCGCCGCCACGCAGGACGUGCACUUCACCGAGAACCUGCUACGGGUGGGCAGUGCCCUGCUGGACGCGGACAACAAGCGGCACUGGGAGCUGAUCCAGCAGACGGAGGGGGGCACGGCCCAGCUGCUGCGGCACUUCGAGGAGUACGCGCGGGCCCUGGCACGGAACAUGCCCCAGACCUACCUGAGCCCCUUCACCAUCGUCACCCCCAACAUCGUGGUGUCGGUGGUGCGGCUGGACAAGAGCAGCCCAGCGGGUGCCCGCCUGCCCCGCUACGAGGCCCUGCGGGGGGAGAAGCCCCCAGACCUGGAGACCACCGUCAUCCUGCCCGACAGUGUCUUCUGGUCCCCCGAGGGCAGGCGCCCCUCCAGCGGGCACGGCCAGGCCCCGCCAGGCGCAGGCGGGCAGGAGGAGGAAGAGGAGGAGGAAGAGGCCGAAGAGGAGGAGGAGGACGGCGAGGUGACCGUGGUGACCCGGCACAGGCGACACCCGGCCCUGGGCGAGGGCCAGGCCAUCGCCAGCGUCAUCAUCUACCGCACCCUGGCAGGGCUCCUCCCGCCGCGCUUCGACAGCGACAAGCGCAGCCUCCGGGUGCCCAAGCGCCCCAUUAUCAACACACCCGUGGUCAGCAUCAGUGUCCACGCGGGGGGCACGGCGGGCACAGGCACCCCCCGGGCACUGGCCAAGCCCAUCACCCUCCAGUUCCGGCUCCUGGAGACGCAGGAACGCUCCAAGCCCAUCUGCGUGUUCUGGAACCACUCCCUGCGGACGGGGGGCGCAGGCGGUUGGUCGGCGCGGGGCUGCGAGGUCGCCUUCAGGAACCGGAGCCACGUGAGCUGCCAGUGCCACCACCUGACCAGCUUCGCCGUCCUCAUGGACAUAUCCCGCCGGGAGAACGGGGAGGUGCUGCCCCUGGCGGCCCUGACCUACGGCUCUCUGGGGGUGGCCCUGGCGGGGCUGGUCCUGGUGGUGCUGGCCCUGGGCACCCUGCGGGGGCUGCGCUCCAACCGCCACAGCAUCCGGCGGCACGGUGCCGCCGCCCUGCUCCUGGCACAGCUCGUGUUCCUGCUCGGCAUCAACCAGGCCGAGCUCCCGCUGGCCUGCACGGUGGUGGCCAUCCUGCUGCAGUUCCUGUACCUGGGGGCGGUGGGCUGGGGGCUGCUGGAGGCCCUUCACCUGUACCGGCGCCGCAGCGAGCCCCGCAGCGUGGACAGGGGGCCCAUGCGCUUCUACCACGUGCUGGGCUGGGGGCUGCCUGCCUUCAUCACCGGCCUGGCCGUGGGAUUGGACCCCGAGGGUUACGGGACCCCCGAGUUCUGCUGGCUGGCCCUGCACGACCCCCUCGUGUGGAGCUUGGCCGGCCCCGCCGCCGCCGCCCUCGCCGUCGGCAUCUUCUUCCUGGUGCUGGCGGGCAGGGCCGCGUGCGCCACCCCACAGGGCUUCCAGAAGAAGGGCUCGGCGUCGGGGGUCCGCACAGCAGCCGUGCUCCUGACUGUGCCCAGCCUGGCCUGGCUGCUGGCCCUGCUGUCGGUGAACAGUGAUGCCCUGCUGUGCCACUACCUGUUUGCUGCCUCCAACUGCCUCCAGGGGCCCCUCAUGUUCCUGUCCUGUGUGGUGCUGAGCAAGGAGGUGCGGAGGAGCCUCCGCCUGAGCUGUGCCCGCCGCCACCACCCCCCACUGGCCACCAAGGCCACCCUGACACCCCCCCCCAGGGGGCUCGGGGGGGCUCGGGGCAGCCCAGCCGUGACAUCCCUGUGCCUGUGCCAGGCGUACAGCGGGGACAGCACAUAUGUGGCAGGGCCGCUGUGCCCCCCCCCGGGCGGGGGGUCCUCGGGAUCCCUGCACAGCACAGCCCGGUCAGGCAAGAGCCAUCACAGCUACAUCCCCUUCGUCAGGAGGGAGGACUCGGGGCUGGCGGGCAGCCCGGGGCUGCUGCCCGAGCCCGGGGGACUCUUCCUCGAUGCGCAGGAGCAGCCCGAGGAGCACGACACGGACUCGGACAGUGACCUGUCCCUGGACGACCCGAGCGGCUCCUACGGCUCCACCCACUCGUCGGACAGCGACGACGAGCCCCCCCCCGGCUGGGACCCCCUGCCUGGGGCUCCCCCGCCCCCCCCCGGCCCCGGUGCCGCCCGGAUGCCCCCGGGGUGCCCGUACUGGCCCGGGGAAUUCGUGACGACGGCGAGCGAGAGCGAGGGCGUGGCAGGCACCGAGGGGCUGCGGGUGCAGCCGGCAGGGGGGGCAAGGGGCCCCCCCCGGGGAGACCCUCCCAGGCCCAACGGGGAAGCCCUGCCCAGGGAACCCCUGCUGCUGCCCCUGCCCCACCCACACAAAGGGAUCCUGAAGAAGAAGUGCCUGCCCCCCAUCAGUGAGCGGGGGGGCAGUGCCCAGCGCCCCGGGCCCCCACCGCCGCCCCCUGCGGGUACGGUCGCCUCGUCAGGCAGUGACGGGGGUGCUCCCCCGGCCCCCCGGGCCCGGCAGAGCCUCGAGGAGCAGCUGAGCGGCCUCACCCCCAUCGCCAUGAGCAUCCGCGCAGGCACCGCUGAUGAGGACUCCUCCGGCUCCGAAUUUCUGUUCUUUAAUUUUCUCCAUUAACUCAUGGGGGGGUCCUGCCUCCCCUCAUCGCCCCCACCCCUUCAUCAUCCCUCCAGGGCGGGCACUGGGUGCUGGGGGGCAUAGAGGGCACUCUGGCACCCCCCCCAUCACGCAUCUGUCUGUCUUGUUUUUUAUCCCCCCCCCAACACACACUUUGUGCCAACCCCCCCAUUUUAUCCAUCCCCUCCCUCCCCCCCCCAGGAGCGACGAGACCUCGAUCUAACGGGGACCCACCCAGCGGGAACUGCCCCCCCCAGUGCCAGGGGGGCACCAGGACACUGGGGGGGGGAGGGCACCGGGACUGGGGGGGGGGCACCAGGAUUGAGGAGGAGGGGAAAGGAGCCACAGCCCCCCUCCCUCCCCAUUGCACUUUGGAUCCUGGCAGGGAUUGGCACCUUGGGAAGGGGGGGUGGCAUCAGGUGCCCCCCCUCACCCUCCCCCCCAGUCAUCAUCCCCCACGCCCGGCAAAGGGUUUUAUUUAAAAAAUACAUGAAAAUACAAAAAAAAAGGGAUUUAUAACCCCCUACCAUUGUGCCGACCCCCCAACCCCCCCCAAGGUGCCAACCCCCCCUCCAUUGUGCCAAUUGUGGUGCCAGUUGUGGUGCCAACCCCCCCGGGGUGGGGUCAGGUGGGGGGUGCAGGGAUUUCUGAGCCCCCCCCAUAGUUACCCAUCCCCCCCCAGGGGUGGGGGUUAGGGGGGGCACCCAGAGGUGGGGCUUGGGGGGGGAGGAGAGAGAACCCUGCAUGCUGAGGGGUGGGCAGGGGGGUUUCUAUGGCUGACGGGACCUUUUGUAAUUAAAGCAAAACCCAGAGGG